GAGAGAACUACUGUAGCUAAUACUGAAAUAUGAAAUAGUUUUUUAGCCAAUGGCCCUUGUUUAUUUGAAGAGAGUUUUCGUAAUCUUUCAUGCUUACCGCCAGAAUAUAAAACCAUCACGCAUGAUAGAUCCUAAAUAAAAGGUGUUAGCACAGAAGACAGAACAAGAGAGGCAUAACCCUUUUUUUCUCUGAGCAAAAAUUAGACACUAAUGAAUUGGCUGAAUAUCCAGGGCAGUGUUAGUGCAGAAUCCUGCUCUACUCCAAAUAAAAAUAUAUUCCUCAGUUAUACUCUAUGACAUUAGUAUGCAAACAUUUAGGCAGUUCCAUGAGAUAUUUUAAAAUGAAAAAACAUAUGGGGAUUUUUAAGAGUGUUACGGAGUAAGGAAGGAAGGAAGGAAGGAAGAAACAAAGCACAUCACAUCAGUAUUAACAGUGUGCCAAAAUGGGGCGUGAAGACCCUAAUUGGACUGAACUGCACAGGCAACAAAAGGCCUGGCUAGAAAUUUCCAGGCCUGGUUUUACAGGACCUGCUUUGUUGCUGCUGCAUUUGUUCUCUAGUGCUGUGUAAACAGUUAUCCUUUCUGUGACAGCCUCUCUCCCCAGCCUUCCACACAGAGCAUGAAACUCUCCCUACAUCAAACUCCAGUAUGAAAAAACUCCCAGUUUUGCAUGUGACCCUGAAAUGGUAAAAGUUUUGGCGCAGACUGCCUGUCUAGCAUCCAGUUGUAACAUAGUGACUACCUUGAGACCAUGUUCCCAAGCCUCUUCUUCUAUUAUGAUAAGCCCAUGCAAGAGCGCUGAGACCAGCAAGAGAUCAUGGGUCAACUACCAGAGGAAGUGGUGGAAGGUUUGACCACCGAGGAGCUGGAGUGUAAGAUCUGCUAUUGUGCUUAUAAUCUGUCCAGUCGGCGACCCAAAGUGCUCGAGUGCUGCCAUCGUUUGUGCUCCAAAUGCCUGGCAAAACUCCUCAAUCUGGGUGAGUCACCCCCAAACUCGGUAGUCUGCCCUUUCUGCCGCUAUGUUACUGGUCUUCCUGGAGAAUCUGGCGGCAGUCUACCGGAUGACUACAACUUAGUGACUGUGCUGUCCAUCCAAAACCAAUAUCUGAAUUUAAAGGGGAGCCAGGGUGAGAUUUUGCUCAGUCCCGGACGUCUAAACUCUCUGGUGGGUUACUCAGCAUCGGAAUCGCCUUCAUCUAUAUGCUCCAACUAUGUGGUCAUCACCAUUAUGGAGUCACUACAGGACAGUGCAAUUUCAGCAGAUCACCGCUCCUCCAGCCUGGACUCCAUGGCCUCAGUGACGCGACGCUGCACAGUGUGGAACUGUACCACGCUGCUGUGCCAGGCAUCAGCCCGAAUUCUGUUGUGGGUCCUGGGGCUGUUGUACUUCAGCUCUCUGCCCACAGGUGUCUACUUACUCAUCAUGCAGAAGACCACUCUGGGAGUUCUGCUGAUCAGCCUAGUGCCCGUCAGUCUACUCAUGAUCAUGGUGUAUGGGGUGUGUCGGUGUCUGUGCUAUGAGUUUUGCAACUGUGUGCCACCUUAAGGAUCAAAACAGGGAUGUCGCCUAAGUGAUUGCAGCGCUCGGUGGAUGUGACAAUGGACCGACAGGUUUUGGACUGAGAAAAAACAGGUUUUUGAAAACAAAACUACUUUAGUCAUAGAAAAUAGAGUUUUAUUUCAGAUUAUAAUUU